UUCCUGGUUCCUGGUUCCCGGCCCCGCCCCAGCCUCCGCCUCCUGCCCGGGGCGGUCUGACUGGAGGGCGGGGAGACCGAGGUGAUCCAGGAGGGCUCGGCCGGGCCAGGCUUGGGGUCCCGGGGCGGCCGCUGGAGAGCCGGAGCGGGACGUCGGGAGAUCCACCCUCUGCCUGUUGGACAGCGGCCGCCUCGAGCCCUCCCUUCCCCGGCCAUGGAGGCCGAGCCUCCGCUGUACCGGGUGGCUGGAGCCAUGGGCCCCUCGGGGGAGGAGGCCGGAGCUGGGGGCCCCGACGGGGUGCUCCCGGAAGGCCCCGAGCUGGACGAGUUUGUGGGCGCCUAUCCUGACUACAACGAGGAGGAGGAGGAGCGCAGGUACUACCGCAGGAAGAGACUGGGAGUGAUCAAGAACGUGGUGGCCGCCAGCCUCGGGGCGAUGCUCACCUACAGCGUGUACCUGGGGCUCCUGGAGAUGCAGAUGAUCCUCCACUACGAUGAGACCUACCGAGAGGUGAAAUACGGGAGCAUGGGGCUCCCCGACAUCGACGAGAAGAUGCUGAUGGGCAUCAAUGUGACCCCGGUGGUGGCCCUGCUCUAUACGCCUGUGCUCAUCAGGUUCUUUGGCACCAAGUGGGUGAUGUUCCUGGCUGUGGGCAUCUAUGCCCUCUUUGUCUCCACCAACUACUGGGAGCGGUUCUACACACUGGUGCCCUCUUCCGUCGCCCUGGGUGUGGCCAUUGUGCCCCUCUGGGCCUCCCUAGGGAACUACAUCACCCGGAUGUCGCAGAAAUACUAUGAGUACGUGAAUUACAAGGAGGAGCAUGUGGAGGAGCAGAGGCGGCCCCCAAGGGGGGCCCACACCCCCUAUCUUGUCAUCUUCCAGACCAUCUUCUAUAGCUUCUUCCAUCUCAGUUUCGCCUGCGCCCAAGGGCCCAUGAUCUUCUUCCUCAAUGGGUACCUGUAUGAAAUGAACCAUACCCUCUAUUACGUGCAGAACUGCGGCACUAACAGCCACGGGAUCCUGAUGGGCUUCAACAAGACUGUGCUUCAGUCCCUGCCCCGCAGCCGGAACCUCAUUGUGGUGGAGAGUGUGCUCAUGUCCAUGGCCUUUCUGGCCAUGGUGCUGAUCCUGGCCCUGUGUGGCUCCGCCUACCGGCCCACGGAGGAGAUCGACCUGCGCAGCGUGGGCUGGGGAAACAUCUUCCAGCUUCCCUUCAAGCACAUGCGGGACUACAGACUUCGGCACCUCUUCCUCUACUUCAUCUACACCGGCUUCGAAGUGCUUUUCUUGUGCACCGGCUUCACUCUGGGCUACGGUGUGUGCGCCAUGGGGCUGGAGCGCCUGGCUCCCCUCCUUGUCGCCUAUGGCCUCGGCGGGGCCGUCUCCUCCAGCCUUGGCCUCUUCCAGCUGUGCCUGCCCCGACAGGUGCCCCUGGUGGCCGGACCUACCGUCCACCUGCUGCUCGUCUUUGCCCUCUUUUUCUGGGCCCCCAAGCCCUGCGUCCUCAGCCACAGCUGGGUCUUCUACGGGGUGGCUGUGCUUUGGAGCGUGGGCAGCGCCCUCAGCAAGAUCUCCAUCAGUGCGCUCCUCGGGAUCCUGUAUGAAGACAAGGAGCGCCAGGACUUCGUGUUCACCAUCUAUCACUGGUGGCAGGCCCUCGCCAUCUUCGCCGUCUACCUGGGCUUGAACCUGCCUAUGAAGGCCAAGCUGGCCAUCAUGCUGGUGACCAUCCUGGGGGCUCUGGGCUCCUACCUGUGGAUGGAGAGCAAGCUCAAGCGGCGCCUGGGCUACCGCCUGCCCCGGAUCCCACGGCCCCAGCACAAGGUGUGCGGCUACCGCUACCUGGAGGACGACAACUCGGACGAGAGUGAGCGGGAGUCUGCCCACAGCCCGGCCAGCUCCGACAGCGAGGAGGGGGACGCAGAGCCCCCCGGAGCGGGGGCAGCCGGGCCUGCCAAGAGGCGCUUCCCCUACGAGCAGGCCCUGGAUGGGGAGGAUGGGCCUGGGCAGGAGUAGCCUCGGGGCUCCUGGGGCCUUUCCUAAGCCGGGCCCCCUCUGCCCCCCCCUCGCCCCCUCCCACCUCUGGCACCCGGAGCGGCUCCAGGUGUGCUUUAGUCCUGGGCACCCCGGAAAGGGAGCCCGGCCUUCCCCGGCCUCACUUAGCCCGUCUGGGCAAUGGGAGCUCUCUGCCAGCGCCUCACUUUGGAGAGGGCUCAGGACAAGGAAGAGGAGCUCCUGUCGGGUCAGAGGAGAAACUUCCUGCCUGCCUGAGCCUGGCCCAACCUGGCGACUGCAGCCUUGGCCCAUGGCGCCCACCACCUGCUUCCUCUCCAGAGCCUCUCCGAGCCUCGGGAGCCCCUGCCAGCCCCCCCCCAACGCCCCCGCCGCCCACCUGGGGGGUGGAGAACGUCCCAGGGGAAGCCGAACUUCUUUUCCACCGCGAGGAGCAAACAUUUAUUAGGCGCCUACUGCGGGCAGAGCACCAACCGGGCGGUGGGAGAUGAGGCUGAAAACGGGCCUCUUAUGAAAGCUGACUGGCAAGUGGACGAGGAAGAGGAGGCCACCAACAGCCCGGGUGGUGGUGGGGCGGCCAGAAGGCUGUCUGAACCUAGAAGGGAGGGAGCAUGCGCCUGGAGGAGGUGGCCACCCCGAGACGGGGAUGGGCUCCCCGCCCCCUCCCCCUCCCCUUCCCCCAAGCCCUAGUCUCCAUCCUGAGGCUGAGCCAACAAUGUCUGGUUUCUCUUCCUCUCGGGGCCCCUCAGAUGGUACAGGAAGCUGUUGAGUCCCCCUGAUAGGAAGAGGCUCCCAGAAGGAUGCAUUUACUAAGCCCGCAAUGGGCCAAACAAGCUGGAGCCACGAAGAGAAUCGAGCCCCCCCCCCCCCGCCCCCCCCCAGCUCCCAAAGGCAGAGAUAACUACCUCGGGGAAGCGGAGGCCGCCAGGACCGCCUGGACCACCUUGUCAGAAGCCUGAACCCCGUCAGCCAUCCGCAUGCUUGGGGAGCCCCGAUAGGCAAGAGGGCUGGAAGGAGGCCACCCCAGGGCCGAUUUGUUUGGCUUGACUACUAGAUCACCAGGGACUGAGCAGAGGGCUCCCUUGGGGGAUAGGACGAAGCCGGGGAUCCUAAUUGAAACCAAGGAAGAAGAGCAGGAACAAAGCCUUCAAAUACCUCGAGUAAAACAAGGCCCGAAGAGGGCGCCAGUAUCAGGGCGAUGUUGUGACUUCCUCAGACCUAAAAACUGAAAUGUACAAUUUCGCAUCCAGCCCUCUUCGCUUCUUUGGACAUUCAAAUGAUUGUUUGCCGGCUUUUAUCUGGCUGAUGAUUUGUAAAUUUCAAAAUAAAAAGAAUUCUUUUUAAAAAACACAGAAUGAAACCACCAGGCGGGAGAGACAGUCAGAGGGCGCGAAUGGGCCGAUGAGCCGGAAGAGCUUUAUUGAUGUGCUCAUGAACCGGGACUGGGCAGCUUUGAUGAGUUCCGGAGAAUUGGAAAAGGCACCAGAGGACGGAGAUGGGGCCACGGCUUGGUUUCCUAAAGUUACAGACUGGCAGACGUGUAGAUUAUCCUCUGCAGACCACACAAAAGUAUGGCCUGUCCAGCUCUGGAUGAACCUAAACUGCCUUGUGGUGCCACUAGCUCUGUUUCUAAAUGUAUAGGAACCAUCCUUUUAGUUAUGCCCUUAAGACCUUUGCUAGGCAUCCGCAUCAAACUUCGUGGCCUUUGGCAAUCCAGAUGCUCCUAAUUUUUUUCCCCCAAGUUUUUUAAAAAAGGGAACUUUUCUUUAAAGAUUGGGGUGAUUUUUAUUUUUAUUUUUUUCCAUGGUUCCCUGAUUCAUAUUGUCUCCUUCCCCUCUUCUCUCCCCUUCCUGGAGCUGACAAGCAAUUCCACUGGGCCUUUUCUUAAAGACUUGUUCUUCUCUAGGUCGGUGACUUCUCUCAUUCUCCUCAAUCUUUUUUUUUUUUUGCAAAUUAAUGUUUGAUUAUCAAACUAUGCAUUCUAACUGCUGGUUCCUUGAGGAUUUGGGUGCUUCCAUUGACUCUGGAACCAGGGCUCUAGGCCUACUUUGUUGUCCUAGACCACUUGCCACUCUAUUACCCUGUAACCUCAAUAAAGGACUGUUAGAAAUGAGCUUUCUAAUAAAAUACGUGGCUGUCUCAGGAGAGCAAUGGGAAGGUGCCUUCACUCAUUUGUAGCCAUCUUAACCAAAGUAAUCUCAUCCGAAGUCAGCUAUUGGACCGCAUCAAAUCUUAUCAACUCUGUGCCAUCCUCAUCUGAUUUUUCACUAUUUUUAAAACUUUUAGAAACAUUUUUUGCUAUGCAUGAGACAUUGGUAUAUAUUGUAAAAAAUAAAAUUAAUCUCAAAUAAUAAAAAUAUAUUUUAGAGAUUUAUUAAUGAUUGUUAGAAGUAAAGGAAUAAAAAGGUAACAAAAUAAAAAACCA